AUUUUCAUGUUCACUGGGUGAGGUUAUUGUUCAGUCAAUCGAUAAUUUAAAUCAAUCUUUUUCCUCAAUUUCUAUUACUUAAUCAUAUUUAGUGAUCAUUGUGCCUUAGAAUUGACCAUUGAUUUGGUUUUCAAUUUCAUCUAUUCAAUCUCGACAAUUACAAUCAACAAUUAACAAUCAAUUUAUUUUCCUAAAUUUGGUUGUUUGUUUUUCUUGUUGCGCUUUUAGGUAAACAUUACAAUGUCCUUUAAACAAAGUCUACGAUUAAAUCAACAAUUUAUCCGUCUCAGCUCAACACUUAAUCAACCUAAACUUGAAACAAUCAAAAGUAAAUUAGAAAAUCAUCUCAAGAUCUCUAGUGAAGAAUCAAUAAAAAAUUAUCACACUAAUUAUGAAGAUAAACUUGAAAGUAGCCCUUUAAUUUUGGAUUAUCACAGCUCUUGGUCACCAAAGGCAACAAGUCAACAUUAUCAAUCCUCUUCAAGGGAAAACUCAUCGUCACCAUUGAACCCGAUUAACCAGAAUAACCAGAAUUAUGAGAAACCUCGUAGAGUGACUGUUAUCGGCGGUGGAAGCUGGGGAACAGCGAUAUCAAAAGUGAUCGCCGGCAAUGUGACCAAAUACCCGAACCUUUUUGACCAGCAAGUUGUAUUGUACCUUCGAGAUGAUAACCUGAGGCUGGUGAUUGAAAAGACUCGGGUCAAUAUUAGAUAUCUAUUGAAGAUUAAGCUUCCACCCAACAUAGUACCGAUUUCCAAUCUACACGAGGCCAUUUCUCGAAGUGAUGUACUAAUUUUCGCGAUUCCUCACGAAUAUAUUAAAGAUGUUUGCUACAAGAUCCACAAAAGCAGCAUUCCCAAACCAAGGCCUAUUGGUGUUUCUCUUAUUAAAGGAAUUCACAUUGAUUCUCAAGGAAAUUUGGAACGAACCACUCAGAUUAUCUCUCGAAUGCUUGGUAUUCCAAUGGGCGUUCUUUCAGGUGCCAAUGUCGCUCUUGAUGUGGCCAAAGAGGAAUUUAGUGAGGCGACACUUGCCCCACCCUUACCUUCAUCCCCAGAGAUUGACGAUCUACUAAGGAAACUGUUUACAACCUCGUAUUUUAAGAUAUCCCUUUGCUACGAUACACCGACCGUUGAGAUUUGUGGGGCUCUGAAAAAUGUCAUCUCUUGUGGUGCUGGAAUCAUUGACGGAAUCGGGUAUGGAGUAAACACCAAGGCAGCCGCAAUUAGAGCUGGAAUACGAGAGGCUAUUCAGUUUGUUGGUAUUUUCCACCCUGAUUAUAAACUGUCCACUUUCUUUGAGAACUGUGGUAUCGCCGAUGCCAUUGCGAGUAGUUUUGGUGGACGAAAUCGUAAAGUUAUCGAUGAAUUUGUUAAAUCAACCAAAUCUCUCGCAGUUCUAGAACGGGAACUUCUGGGUGGACAAAAGCUCCAAGGUCCAAACACCGCGGAUGUUGUUCAUCAACUGCUAAUUAGGAAAAAUCUGAUUGAACAAUUUCCGCUUUUCACUUCAAUCUAUCGAAUCUGUAAUAGAAAACAACAACCUCGAACUAUACUCGAAGCUUUGGAACACAGUUGAUAACAAAUCGCAAUCUAAUUAACUUGUCAAAUUAACGUUAAUCAUCAUGGAAAAUGUCACAAAAUUUAUUCCUUUCCAAUUAUCCAACCAAUUUGAAUCUCUAAUUUGACCAUAUUAACUUUCCGUCAAUUGUUGUUGGUCAUUUUGGUCACAUAAUUAAUUUUAAUGAUCUUAAUUUAAUUGUCGGUCCAUUUGGAUCUGAUAAUUCAUAUCAUGAUUAGUUAAUCAAUCGUCAGCUUGCAAAUUUGUGAUCCAAUUGAAGCAAUUAACUAAGACCAAUUUUCUUGAUUAUUGAUAAUUUUUUCGUUCUCAUCUGCAAUACAAUUUAAUUCACUUCCACAAUUAAUUGAUUUAAUCUCAAAGAAUGACAAUCAAUUAGUAAAUUGCAAUAAUUAACUUUGAUCUCUACAACAAAAUAUUACACUUUAAUUACAAUCGUUUUUGAUUGUAUCUCUACUGUUUCCGUUAUCGACUUUAAUUGUCAACUUUUUCCUCUCUCAUUUUAAAUCAAAUUGUUAAUUGUAAAUCUCAUUAAGAGGAAACAAAAAUUUCACCAAUCUAAUUUGUUUAAUUGUUUUAAAUGUUUCAAUUUGUUGCAAUCAAAUUGCUUUAAAAGUGUUGAAAUAAU